AUGUACUACAUGCUGGACCCGUUGUUCGAUACCCUCCCUUCUGCUGCGGAGAGGAUGAAGGGACGAGGGGAGUGCGUGCAAGGAAAGCUGGGAGGGGGGCGAUACGCGAUCGUAACCCUGAUAUCAAACUUCCAGAUGAAGUACAUCGAGAGUGCAGUCGUGUUGAUCAGAUCUAUUAAGUGGUUCGGAAAGCUCCCCUGUGACUUUGAGUUCAUCGUCUAUGUGCUGGACACCGUCACCAAGCAGAAGUCCUACUUGGCCCAUGCCUCGAUCCUCACAGACGCUGGCUGGAAAAUACAAGUUGUGCCUCUGAUCCCUCCGCCAGAGUAUGUGAAUAGUCAGACAUCAGAAGAGAAAUUCCUCCCGAUGUUUUCAAAGUUACACGUCUUCAAUGCCACUUCCUAUCGAGGCAUCCUGUACCUGGACUCGGACGUCAUGGUGUUGGGCCCGAUAUCAGAACUCUUCACGGACUACGUUACAAGGAUGCAGGAGAAGAAGUCAUAUCUUGCAUGGGUAAGAGAUCAACCGCAGACAGACUUCCCAGGCUACAACUGUGGUGUGAUGCUUGUUCGGCCGGAUGCAACGGUGUUCGAAUCCUUGGUGAAAGGGAGACUUGAGAUCAAGAACUACAACCACCACUGGGCAGAGCAGGGCUACAUGAAUGAGUACUUUGUCCGGCACAGAGAUGAAAUGCUGGAGCUUCCUCCCAGGUUCAACGUCCUUGCCAACAUUCCCACGGAAAACACGACGCUGUGGAAGGACUUGAAGCAAGAUGUGAGGAUAUUGCACUUCACCAUUGUGAAGCCUUUCUUCUUCUUGAGCCCGGUCGCUUGCUACGUGAAGAAGAUAAUGAGCUUCUGCUCCUCGUGGGAGUACGUCCGAGACGCAAAACCAACAUGA